GGUGCGUGAAUGUAUGUAUGUAUAUCAAAUUGUCAGAGUUCCAAGAAACAAUGGUCAAUUUUUGCCUGAUUUCAACGUCUCGCCGUUGACACCAUUUCCGGCGGCACUCAUUAAUCUAUUCAUGCAUAUAAACGCAUAUGCGUAUACGUACAAUAUACACACAGGACACAUGAUAAAGAGGCACAGCUUUGUUGUUUCCGUGUUAAUUGCGUGUUAUGUGAAUCAAUUUCUCCCGCAUUGUUUUCAUCUUCUUUUUGCAGGGGCUAAGCGCGCUAUCAUAUAUGGAGAAGGUCAACAAUGAUCGUUGUGUUUUUCCUUUAUCCAGUCUCCAAAUUGGGGACCUGCAAUCUUAUCUUUCAGACCUUGGCCUUUUCCUGGCUAUGGAAAGUAAGAAGUUCUAUAUCCUGGUGGACAACCGCCCAUGGUUGAAAGACCUAGUCUCACGACCCGCACACCUCUGGCAAUUGAUGGUCACUAAGUACAGGUUGUCUCCUUUUGCAAACACAAGGAAGCAGAAGGAGGAAAAGGAGACUGGAGGGUUGUUUAAUGCUUCCAAACUGAAACCAAGUAAAUCCAGAAAAUUUAGAAGAUGGUUUCAUGUGAUUGAUGCUACAGCAAUGUCCACGAAGAUGGUUCCUGUCAGGAAUCUGAGGACUUCAUUUGCUUUAAAUAGCAAGUUGCAUAGGACCUUGUAUGGAUUUAUUGUUUUUGAAGUAUCAUGGUCUGAUGUACGGGGUAUCAACUACUUCAAUGAGCUUCAGACUGAUACAUAUUUGGCUAUCGAGUCUAAGUUCAUGAAAAAAUGGGAAUUUGAUAGUAUUGCUCAAGCUGUUGGAUGCAUAUCGUCUUGGUUUUCAGGGACUCUUGUUGAGAAGGUUUGCUUGAAAGAGCAUCUUGAUUCUGCAGUAGGAGAUGUUUUUUAUGAUGCUGAGGAUUCCUUUUCCCUAACUACAAAUGUUAACAAUCAUGACCAUGUCUCUAAUAGUUGGAAGCCUGUUAAUGUGGAUAAUGAUAAUAGUAUCUCUGAUAGUAGUCCUGUCACUGUGGACGAUGAAGACAACAUCUCUGUUUACAGCGGGACUGUUGAAAAUGAAUCACCACCUUGUAGCUGUUAUGGUGUAUACUCAGCAGCUACAGAGAACUUAUCAGGUGUGCUGCCACACUCACCAACCUCUCAGAAUGGGCCCUACAAAAGAAGAAAAUUAAUGAAAUCUUUCAGCACUGGAAUUGAGGUUGAUAUAUAUUCAGAAGAAACACAGAGUGAAACUAAUUAUUCACCAAUACAUCCCCAGACUCCUUAUGCAAGUGAUUCUGAAGAAGAUCUUAAAGAUACCCAGUACAAGGAUGUUUUGCUGUUAUUCCGGUUUAAUGACCGUGAUCUCCCAUUUAAACUAAGAGACAUAAUUACAUCUGAUUUGCGGUUGCUUACCUUAUUAGAGUGUGGUCUUCCAUCUUGGGUCAUCUUUCUUCAGUCAUACCCAGUGUUUUGCCAUUUUUAUCGUCCAUGGAUGUGUCCUCUAGCGAGAACUUUGUAUGUGCUGAUCUCUGUUGUCACUGUUCUGAUUGGAUUUUAUGAUUUAUAUAAAAAUGUUCCUGUUCUCAAGGCAGCUGCAUCACGCAUUUGCGGGCCUCUCGUAGAUUGGAUAGAAACAUGGGAAAUGGUAUCAAGAAUUAAGUACUUGGGAACAAUGCUAUUUCUGCACAAUUCCCAGAAGGCUCUGGAGUGGUUUUUAACGACUGUGCGAACCAUUAGAUCAUUCUUUCGGGUCCUCACACAGCCGGUAGCAGGUCCUAUUGCAGUAUGUUGGCAGCUCAUCGAUCCAUUUUGGGACAUGUUUGUGCUGGUAGCUAAGAACGUAGGCACACUAGUUUGGGUUGUGGUGGAUUCUUCUGCUGACCUACUGGAGAUCUUUGCUGGGACAAUAUUGUUUCCUUUGUGGUUUGCGGUGUCAUUCAUAUGGAAUAUUGCAACAUCUUUUUUCUGGAUCAUUUGGAACGUACUGUAUACUCCAUUUAGCUUUUUACAAGGGCUCUCCAGUGUUCUCUUUGUUAUAGUUUCGAAUGCAUAUGAGUUGGUUAAAGAUAUAUGCCUUUUUAUGAGUAGCAUCUUCCAGUUUGCUUCAAGUGCUGAUGCCACUGUGAGCUCAUAUGAGGUUUCUAUGUGGCGAACUCUGUCCAAGGAUCUUUUUUCCAAGGUUUUUCGUGCUCUUCGUAGCGUUUUAAAUGGCUUUGUUGCAUUCUUCAUAGCCUGCAACCGGCACCGGCUAAGUAUAUAUAAUCAUAUCGUCGACUUAUUUCAACGUCUAUCUCGAACUUCAGUGAGAAUACAACGUACUGAUCAAGGUCCAAGAAUUCAACUGCGUGAAACUCCAAAGCAGGUAAUAGGCCCGGAAGAAAGCUCAUCCAGGAUGAAGGAUAAGAAGCAAAGAUGACGUGCCGGCGAUUAUGAAAGGUUACUUCUUCCGCUCGAAUCCGUUUUACCCCUGAGCUUUUAUGUCAUCUCAUACUUGGUUUGUAACUGUAUGUAGGCUAUUGGGUGUAAGAUCUGAAUUAUGUAAUUAUGAAACAGUAAUGUAUUAUAUAGUUGCCACCUUUGUGAA